AAAAAAUACACAAAAACCAAAAAUGUCCAUUGUCAGAUCAUCACUCUAUCGUCACGUUUUCGGUGAACCAUACAAGGCAGAAUUCGCCUUCCAAAACAUUCGUCCAAAUGUUGGUGCUUGGGAUUCUAAUUGGCUUGCUGCUAAUGCCUUGUUCGUUGCUGUUCCAUGGCAAGGUGGUGGUGGUUCAGUUGCUGUUUUGAACCAAAAGACUCCAGGUAAACAAGCUGCUGAUUUGCCACUUUUAUCUGGCCACACUGGUGCUGUUUUGGAUUUAAAGUUCCAUCCAUUCAAUCAAUAUAUUUUGGCAACUGGUUCAGUUGAUGCUACUGCCAAGAUUUGGUCAAUUCCACAAGAUGGUUUGACAAGCACUGUUACUGAACCAUCAGUUACAUUGGAAGGUCACAUGAAGAAGGUUGGUUUGUUGGAAUUCCAUCCAACUGCUAACAAUGUCUUGUUGACUGCUGGUCAAGAUCACAAAGUUGUUUUGUGGGAUAUUGAAACUGGUAAGAGCCAAGUUGAAAUGAAAGAUUUGUGGAAAGAUAUUCAAUCAAUUUCUUUCAAUAAGAAUGGUUCAUUGUUUGCCUCCACUUCAAAGGAUAAAAAGUUGAGAAUUAUUGAUCCUAGAAAGGGUGCAGUUGCUCUUGAAGUUGAAGGUCAUGGUGGUACUAAGGGAUCUCGUGUUCAAUGGAUUACCAAUACUGAUAGAUUGUUCUCUGUUGGUUUCUCAAAGACCUCUGAAAGACAAUACAUGAUGUGGGAUCCACGUUCAUUGGAAAAGCCAUUGCACACUGUUAAUAUUGAUAUGGCUUCUGGUUUGAUUAUGCCAUUCUAUGAUCCAGAUACUAAUUUGCUCUUCUUGGCUGGUAAGGGUGAUGGUAACAUUAGAUUCUUUGAAGUUACUAAUGAAGAACCAUACAUUCACUCAUUGUCUGAAUUUAGAUCAACUGAUCCACAAAUGGGUAUGGCUAUGCUUCCAAAGAUUGCUGUUGAUACUACUUCUAACGAAAUUGUCAGAUUGUUCAAGUUGACUGCUAAUCAAAUUACUCCAAUUUCAUUCACUGUUCCAAGAAAGUCUGAAUUGUUCCAAUCUGAUAUCUAUCCAAAGACUGCUUCUCCAUCUCCUGCCUUGUCUGCUUCUGAUUACUUCUCUGGUCAAGAUGCUGAAUUAUCUUUGGUUUCCAUGAAUCCAGAAGAUAAGGAAAUUGAUGUUCAAUUCCGUGAUUUCAAACCAAACGUUGAAAUUAAGGCCAAACAACCAAAGACUGUUUUGCCAGCCAAGACUUCAAAUCCACAAGAAUUGGUCAAGCAAAAUGAAGAAUUGAGACAACGUGUUGAAGCUUUGGAAAAGGAAAAUUGGAAUCUCCAACAAGAAUUGAAAAAGUACACUGAACAAUAAGUGAUCAAAAUAGUUUGUCUUUUUUCAAUACUUAACGCGCUGUGUUUUAAAUAAAAUAGUGUAUUUUUAAUU